UCCAGGUCCCGGCUCAGCUGGUGAUUGGUGGGAUCGGCUGAGGAGGGGCUGAGUGUCUGCUGUGCCUCAUGACGCCGCUGGACCGCCCUCUUCCGCGCGGCUUAUCUCCGGGUUAUUGAAGGAUAAGGGCGGCGCGGCGGUUGACGGCCAAAGAUACCCGGUAGUACGGAGACGAAUUUGGGCACACCCGGUGUAUGUGCGGCAACACCAUGUCCGCACCCCUGCCUGCCAUAGUGCCCGCCGCCAGAAAGGCCACGGCCGCGGUUAUAUUCCUGCACGGCUUGGGAGAUACUGGGCAUGGCUGGGCAGAAGCAAUGGCAAGCAUCAGGAGUCCUCAUGUGAAGUAUAUAUGUCCACAUGCGCCUAUCAUGCCGGUAACAUUAAACAUGAACAUGGCUAUGCCUUCAUGGUUUGACAUCAUUGGGUUGUCUCCAGAUGCUCAGGAGGAUGAUGCUGGCAUUAAGCAGGCUUCAGAGAACAUUAAAGCUCUUAUAGACCAAGAAGUAAAGAAUGGUAUACCCUCAAAUAGAAUCAUUUUAGGAGGAUUUUCUCAGGGAGGAGCUCUGUCACUGUACACUGCUCUAACAAUGAGUCAGAAAUUAGCUGGUGUUGUUGCCCUGAGCUGUUGGCUUCCAUUAAGAACCUCUUUUCCCCAGGCUGCUGUUAAUAGUGCCAACAAAGAUGUAUGUGUUCUCCAGUGCCAUGGAGAAAGUGAUCCACUAGUUCCACUCAUGUUCGGGUCUCUCACAUCAGAAAAGCUAAAAGCUAUAAUAAAUCCACCGAAUGUUAAUUUCAAGACCUACCCGGGUUUGGCACACAGCUCAUGCAACCAGGAAAUGUCUGACAUCAAGCAAUUCAUUGAGAAGCAGCUACCUCCAAGUUAACUGACACUUCUGUAUGUCUUUUGGAAUUUUGAAAUAUGCACCAGCAACAGUCACUAUGCUCCUCCUAAAUGUCUUCAAUAAGGAAACUUCUAGUUCUUCUGAUAAGAUGCAGUAAUGAGGGUUGGGAUAAUCAAUAUGGUUACCAAGGAUUUGCUUAUUUAAAUUUUGUCCAAAUAUAGAAUACUAAAGACCACAUUACUAAAAUGUAGUUGACUGAUUGCUAUAUUAUUUAUAGCAUUGUGAGGGCUAUUUCAUGAUAUGGAAGUAGCAGAGGACUCUGAAAACUGUUGACAGAUGGUGGGUCUAUACGUACAUAGAGUAUAACACAACCCUCUAGAUUUGUUUCCAGUUCUGUGUUCAUGUUGUGCAAUCAAAUGCAGUACAUCUUGUUAAGCUUUUUUAACCUGUUGUUCGUUUCUACAAUAAAGUUGUAUAAAAAGUUUAAAAUGUAUGGAAAAGUCCAUAUCUCUGUUACCAGCUAGCGUUACAUUUUGCGAUUUUUAGGCUGUGUUUUUGGUAGGCAGAAUAGAAUGUUGGCUGUUUUUAUAGCCUAGCAGGAAUAGUAUACUAGCUAUGCCCAGAAUAUCUGUUUUAUUAGUCCUGUUCUUUUUAUUACCAGCUAUGUUGAUACAUUUUUAUGUGUCAUAAUUUGAACAUUGAUGGACCACGUUCACUUAGAACUUUGUUACAUGCUGCCAUGGGGCAGAGAAUUACCCUCACUCCUUCCCUUUAGGUAACUGCAGAUUUGUAAGAAGCAGUAGUGAAUGUGAAGUGAACAGGGACUGACUAUAGCUAGAAAUUUGAGGGACUUUGAGAAAUUUGAAUGUACAAGGGCAACAAGUAUUUUGGGUGCUCCAGGACCAUGAGCUGGAUGUGAGGAUUUACAUCCAGUUUUAGAAGUAUUACUUUUUCUAGCAGGGACGACCCCCCCCCCCCCCCCCUUCAUAAUUUAGUACAUUGGUAAACUAAUACUUUGCAUUGGGUUUACCAUUCCUUUGAUUUAUGACCCCUUUGUCCAAAUAACUAUAAUAAAGGUUUAAAAGUUGCUUCAAGAUUUUUCUUUUCCUUUUUUUUUCCUUUUUUUUUUCUUUUUUGAGGUGGACUUCAUUGUAACCAUUUCAUGAAUACAUCAUAAGGAUGUACUUGUGCUAGACUCAAGAUGAUAAAUUAUUAUUGUAAGAAGGAUGACGCUAUGCAAUAGGUUAGUUGAUGUAUCGGCCAGAACAGUGGUACUCAGCUGUAAUCGUUAUCCAAAACGGUGCAUAUUUUUUAGUUUUUUUUUCACAGGCUUGCAGGUAAGAUACCUUCCUGGUUGUGGUAAUAUAAUGCAAUAUUGGUAGGUGUCGAUGACUAGAAUAUGGCACCACUGAUCUAGACAGGAACCAUAUUAAAUGGCUCUUUAUUAUACAUAUGUUAAUCAUAGUAAUGGUGAGUUAAAGAAAACACUCGACUGUAGUGAAAAUCUUUUAGGUACUGCAGUGCUGGACCCAAAUUUCAGAAUAAGAGUUGAGGUGUGUGUGUGUGUGUGUGUGUGUCUCCAUGGUAUAAAAGUCUUCAAAAAAUCGGUCAUCUUUAUCCACCAUUAAUAAAGAUGGUCAUGGCAGCAAUUGGACAAGACAAAUGUAAAGCUACUGGACUGAAAGUGUUCAAAAAAUUAUACUUGAAGGUCUUUGAACCCACAUACUGCGGUUCUCAUUUUUAUGUUGUGCCCAUGAUAUGCAACCUCCCUGUUAUUUUUCGGAGCACUUAUAACUUUGGUUGGCUGCGUUGAACAAUUUGCAGUCAUAGUCCAUGUUGUAUUAUCAUUUGUUUAUUUACUUUUCUAACUACUAAGAUGUUCAAAACUUUGAUCUCAUCUAGGAUUGUCUGCAUUAAAACGUUUCUGAUAAAUGUAUUUAACAAUUUUACCAGACUGUAUCCACACUGGGGCUGGUUUUACUGUUACCAGUACAAUUGUAAAUUUUUCAUAUAAUCGGGACUAGUGGCUCAACUUAAGGUCCACUAUUUACAUUGCAUAUUUUUCUAUUCCGAAAGGAAUUGGUCAUGUGUGGUGGCACAUAGCUUGACUGGUUUGAAACGUUAUAUCAUCGGCUAUAAACCUUAGCAAUAUGCCAUCUGUGGUUUCAAUCAAUAGCAAAGUUUGAGUUCCCAGUGAUCAAACUAGGAGGUGAAAUCCAUUUACUCAAGUACUGCAGUGGUUUUGGACAAUGUUGUAGAAUACAAUUAAAUAUUGUGUGAGUAUUUAUAGGAAAUUGGACAAUAUGCAUUGUAGUCCCUAUUUGAGGACUGGAGUUGCACACUGCUGAUCCCAGCUACGUUAGAUCUUUCAGGUUGAGGGAAUUUCCUUUUGUAAGCCAUAUGGUUCUUUUUUUUUUUUUUUCUUUUUUUUUUUCAUCUCUAUAAUAGGUGUAGCAAAUUUAAGAUGCAGCUUGAUUUUUUUUUUUUUUUUUUUUUUUAAAUGUGAAUGGAGACUGUGCUUGUGCGGUAUGUUCAGAAUGGUGUUUAGUAAUUUAUGAUAGAAAAUAAUGUCUUUGAUUCUCUCUAAUGGACGAUGGGAUAAUUCUUGAUGAGGUACAUUUAAUACAACUGCUAAAUUCCAAACCUGUAAAGAAUAAUGCUUCUUUUAAUAUUGGUACAUUAAGAUCAUGUUUAAUAAAGAAUACAUCUGAAUAAUC